CUCAACUCUGCUUGAAACACUGAAUUAGGGCUCAACACUGAAGCCUUUAUCAAAUGAAGAGUCUGAAGGCAAAGGGAGUGCUCCGAUGAUUUGCCAGCUGUAGGAUUGGGCUCUUGCGCCUCACCCUGCGAGUAGUUUUACUUUUCUCCAUCCUGUCUGGUUUACGUCUUUAAAAAGCAAUAAGGAAAACUGCCACAAGCACACUUGGAGAACCUGAGAAAAGUGCAGUUUUGCAUAUUCAGAUGAGAGCCAGUGGCAGUGCUCAAUCUCACCAUUUCAUCACAGACAGAUGAUAUUACAGUGCAAGAACAUCCAGAGUAUUUUGUGCUCACUGAGUGGGAGGGUCACACCGUGUGAGACUAAUAAGGACAGAGCUGCAUCCCCCUCUACCACUCUUCAGAGACUCACUCCAGCAACUCCUCGGCACUACUGCAGCUCUGUACAGGCAUUUUCAGUGCUUCUGGGGGACACACUAAAAUAAAAAUUAAAGAUUUGUAGCUGAUUGUUCACAUGUGUCCAGGGGGAGAUGAAGUACAUUGGAUCCUGCAUAGUUUGGCUUUGUAUGGCAGUCUUCCUCCUCCUUCCUCUUUCGACUUCUGUGGCUGUCAGUGACCAGACAGGUGCUGCAUGUCCUUUAAUGAAAACAGUUGUCCAUCAUCUCAAACAAAUCAACAGAGACAGUCUUGGUGUUUCAGGGUUUGAUCUGGCAGAGAGCUUUUCUUUGAGACAAACAUCUUGUGGAGGGGAAAAAAUCUGUUUUAAACUGGGAAGCGCACCUCUCGUCAGAGACACAAAGCAAGUAUUUCCAAAUGGGCUUCCUGAAGAAUACUCUCUAGUUGCUAUGUUCCGUGUACGGCGAAAUACCAAGAAAGAGCGUUGGUAUAUAUGGCAAGUUUUAAAUCAGUAUGACACACCUGAGAUCUCUGUCCUUCUGGAUGGUACAAAAAAGGUUGUGGAGUAUAUGACCAAAUCUUCUCAGGGAAAUAUACUGCACUACACUUUUAAGAGUCGAGAAAUUUAUCCAUUGUUUGAUCGUCAGUGGCAUAAGCUUGGUAUUAGUGUGCAGUCGGGGAUCAUUUCCCUCUAUUUGGAUUGUAAUUUAAUUGAGAGAAAGCAGACUGAUGAAAAAUUCACCAUUGACUUGCAGGGAAGGACUCUGAUUGCUUCUCGUGCUGCAGAUGAUAAGCCUGUAGAUAUUGAACUUCACCGCAUAACAGUUUAUUGUAAUCCAAAACUUGCAGCAGAAGAUACGUGUUGUGAAAUAUCUGCAGACCUGUGCCCACGUGAGGAAAGGUUACUUACUACAACUUCAUCACCGGUGACUGUUCAUGCCAGCAAAAUAUACAUGCUUCCAGGAAUGCAGCAAGAAUCUAGAGAGAGAUGCCACUGCUUUCCAAAUAAAGGAGAAGCAGGAUUGCCAGGAGUGGCUGGUUUGCCAGGCCAGAAAGGAGAUAAAGGUGAAAAGGGUGAAAUGGGUGCAAAAGGACAGGAUGGUGUUCCUGGUCUUCCUGGAGAAAAGGGGGAAGCUGGCUUAGUAGGUGCUCCUGGCAUACCUGGUCUUACUGGUUCCAAGGGUGAACGUGGCUUUGCAGGUAGUAAAGGUGAAGAAGGUGAAAAGGGUGAAAAAGGAGAUAAAGGAGAACCAGGACCAGAAGGCAUUCGUGGAAGAGAGGGACUCAAAGGUGACCCUGGUAGUCCUGGUGCGGCUGGUCCUAAAGGAGAAAAGGGAGAUGCAGGACCUCCGGGACCAACUGCCUUGAGGGGUUUGCCAGGAUUGGAGGGUCCCCAAGGUCCACCUGGCAAAGAAGGUCAAAGGGGAAGACGAGGCAAACCAGGCCACCCAGGAAAACCGGGGCCACCAGGACCUCCUGGUCCUUCUGGACUAAAAGGAAUUCUGGAUUCACUGAACAAGCAUUAUAAUGAGAGUGAUACAAGACUACUGGGAUUACUUGGGACCCCUGGACCCAAAGGCCAGAAGGGAGACGUUGGUCAAAAGGGAGAAUUGGGAAUGACCGGCGCAAAAGGAGAAAAGGGAGAGCCUUCUGAAAAAGGGGACAAGGGAGAUCCAGGAGAAACUGGAAUGGAGGGAUCAAAAGGAAAUAAGGGUGAAACAGGAGAGCCUGGGCCACCUGGUCUUAUUGGAAAUCCAGGAUCAAAGGGACUGCAAGGACCUCCAGGACCCGUUGGACCCAGGGGACUGCCAGGAGAAGUUGGCUUACCAGGAGAGCACGGGGUACCAGGAAAUCCAGGAGUUAAAGGAGACAAGGGAGACCCUGGUGGGAUUAUGGGACCUCCUGGACAUCCAGGUCCAAAAGGUGAUGUGGGGCCUCCUGGACCAAGUGUGCCUGGAAUACCGGGUCCCACUGGUAUUCCUGGAAACCCAGGUCCACGGGGACCAAAGGGGGAAAGAGGACUACCUGGUGUACAAGGAGCACCUGGGGAGAUGGGGCCCCCUGGAAUAGGCAUUCAGGGAUCACCGGGUCCUGUAGGUCCAACUGGAUCAGCAGGUGUGCAGGGCCCUAGGGGACCCCCAGGAUUACCAGGAACUCCGGGUACCCCUGGUAUUAAUGGCACUCCAGGAAGAGAUGGAAAGCCAGGACUACCGGGCCCUCCAGGUGAUCCUAUUGCACUGCCACUUGUGGGAGACAUGGGUGCUAUACUGAAGGGUGAUCCUGGCACAAGAGGUCCUCCAGGCAUCCCUGGUAGAGAAGGGCCAAAGGGAAGCAAAGGUGAACGUGGAUUUCCUGGGCUUGCUGGAGAGAAGGGUGAUGAGGGCCUUCAAGGUGCUCCUGGGCUGCCCGGCAUACCAGGACCCAGUGGACCAUCUGGUGUCACAGGAAGACCUGGACAUCCCGGUCCAGCAGGGUCAAAAGGCGAAAAGGGUAGUGAAGGUUCUCCUGGGAAGCCUGGACCACCUGGGCCUCCGGGUGUGCCUUACAAUGAAAGAAAUGGAAUGAGCAGCUUAUAUAAACUCCAGGGAGGUGUGAGUGUCGCUAGUUAUCCAGGUCCACCAGGACCUCCAGGUCCAAAAGGAGAUCCUGGCACAGCGGGAGACCCAGGACCGAUGGGAUUACCAGGACUGGAAGGACUACCAGGGGAAAAGGGUGACCGUGGACCAGCUGGCAUACCAGGAGUAGCAGGGACACCGGGAAAACCGGGAUCUCCUGGGUCCCCAGGGAUGCCAGGGGAGCCUGGUGAAAGAGGACCUAUAGGAGAUAUAGGCUUCCCCGGGCCAGAAGGGCCACAAGGAAAACCAGGAAUCAAUGGAAAAGAUGGAUUGCCAGGUCCUCCGGGUGCUGUGGGGAGACCAGGAGAUCGAGGGCCCAAAGGAGAACGUGGAGAUCCGGGUAUUCCAGGGGACAAAGGUCCACAGGGCGAACGAGGGAAACCUGGCCCAUCAGGAGAAAAGGGGGAUAUGGGUCCUGUUGGGCCACCAGGAGACAGAGGCUAUCCAGGAUCACCAGGUCAUCAGGGUCCCCCAGGUUCACCAGGACCCCCAGGGUUUACGGCUGAUCCAGUCUCACUUGAAGAAAUAAAAAAAUAUAUCAAACAAGAGGUUCUUAAGGUUUUUGAAGAAAGGAUGGCUCAGUUUGUAUCCCAGCUGAAGCUGCCGGCUGCGAUGCUUGCCUCCCAAGCUCAUGGGAAACCAGGGCCCCCAGGAAAAGAUGGGUUACCUGGGCCACCGGGAAACGAUGGUUUGCCAGGGCCACCGGGAGAACGUGGAAUUCAAGGUUAUAGAGGACAGAAAGGAGAAAGAGGCGAGCCUGGAAUUGGACUGCCCGGUAACCCUGGACCACCCGGCCCUGCAGCUGCUGGCCUGCCGGGCCCACCGGGGACGCCAGGCUCACCCGGACCGCAGGGACCACCUGGACCUAACGGAAGAUGCAAUCCGGCAGAUUGCUAUUACCAUAUAUCACAGACUCGGUCACACACCAGCGGGAAAUAAAAACCCUCUCCCGUAGACACUUGGGUUCACAGUCACUUUUCACUCCUCUCAAUAAGUUAAUUUAAUCUUUGAAAUACUUGGUGCAUUUUUUCCCCCUCGACACUGCCUGGCAUAUAGAUAAUUUAUAAGGCACAGAAUUGAGCCUUUUUCUAUGUUAUUUGCAGUGUCGUAAUUAUGAAAUGAUGAUAUGUAUUUCCCAGAGUGCAUUCCAUGUGUUAUGUUUCUCAUAUUUAUUUUGCUUAGAGGAGAAAAUAGGCCCAAAUAAUUUUCAUAAGCUUCUUUCUUCGAACAAAAAAUAUUUUAUUAUAACUUGAGACUGUAUGUACACCUCGGUAUGUAAGCUGGCUUUAUUUUUCUUGCUGGUGUUGAAGUUUAAGCGGAGAAAAUGCAUUUCUGAAGUUUCAAAGCAGGACCUGAGCCUGGAGCACUGGGAACUCUGUCUAGUCUAAACGUUCGUGUCCCUUGAGGAGGAUCCAACACGUGCUUCUGAACCGGGUCUGUGUCGUGCCCCACGAAUGCUACCCACCGUUUCAGUCACUUCCUAGAUGUCGAAGAAGGAAACGAAGAUGUGUUUAUGAUCUCUCUAACCCCAUGCAACGUUUAGCUUGACUGAAAAUGCGCCAUGUGUAGCCCCGAGAAGCGUCUCUCCUGACUGGAUGUUGUCCCAACUGAGGGCUUGUAUGUUCAUUUAGUCAUGGUUACGUAGACUCUGGAUAUUAAACUUUUAGGGGCUGGCGGUGGUGUUCAUAGCUGAGAACUGGCACGUCUUCUAACUGUUACGUGGACUUAGUAAUUACUGCCUAUAACCAAGCUACUCUGCCAUCAUGUCUGCUUACAGCAAAGGCGACCUCUUCCUUUGGAGCAGAGGUGGUGGGUACACAGUGAGACAGUCAAAGAAGGAACUUUGCAAGCCACUAGCCUUAUAGAUGGCACAGUUUUCCUUUUCCUCCUGCAACAACUGUGUGCCAAAAUAAACUUGAGAAGAACAUGGAAACAUUAGAGCACAAAACUCACAGGUCCUAAUAGCUGGUUGCAAAAAAAUGAGCUCAAGAGAAAUUUGGAAAAAUUACUAAACCCUCCUUGGAAAGGUCUACUACAGACAGCACAACUGCAUGCAGUUUGCAGGCACUGAGUAAAUCCUACGGGACCUGACGUUGUCAAUAAAGGAAAAACAGCUAUAGACCUCAAAGGGUUGAGCAAAAGAAAAGAUGGAGAAAAUCAAUUGUACAGAGGCUGAGUCUGAAAAACAGGGAGGAGGAUUGGCUGACGUUUCACUCCUGAUUAUUAGGAAACAGAUGAUCCUAGGUUAGUCCUAAGGAAUUUGCUAUGGUGCAAUAGAAAGUGAAGGUGCUAUUGAGAAAACAUGGACAGCUAUAAUAACCCACGACCUCAAAAUAAACCCAUAGUUCACAAGCAGCAGUGAGGGCUCUUGCCCCACCAUUAGGAAGCCAGCGGUUGUCUCCACUUCAGGCUGGUAAGUGGUUUUGGUGAUCUCCGUGCUUGGGCAGUACAGAGCCACCAGGGACGCAUUCCCAAAUUGGAAGUGCUGGGUUCCAGGGAACCUGUUGUAAGGCAUUAAUCUGGCUGACUUCUGGGUGUUGCUUAAAAGCAGUAAGGAAUGAAUGGUGGGAGUCUUUUAAAAAAACAAAAUACAUUGUAAUUUGUUCUGAAUAGAGUUCCUAGCGCUUGUACCCAGACAAGAGGCAACAGAGUUAACCCGGGUAGCUGAGGAGCACAGGCAAGGCUUAGCCACGCUUUCUGAGAGAGAAAGCAUCCUCCAAGAGCAACCUGGAGUUGCCACUUAAUGUGCCAAUCAGUGAGGCGUUUUGAGGGAAGAAGGCGCUGGGCACAAGAGCGAUGAUUAAGUAAACUCGGAGAUCAAAGGCUGAGAGUAAACACCUGGGACAGGAGAGGGCGGAACGGAGGAGGAUGGCAGAAAGCUAUGGCCUACCACGAUACCAGCCCCUGAAGGGAAUCUGCAAGCUCUAAUGUGCCCUGCAGCUGGGGACCCCUUGGGGGGAUCAGGGUGCUUUGCCCAUCCCUCGUGAGGAUGGAGAUGGACGGGUCACAGCUCACAGGCGAACCACAGUCCUCAUGCCUCCUUUGCUGCUGUCACUGUCCCUUGAAGGUGGCGACCGCCCCUUCUCUAGGCCAGCACGUCCUCCACUCUGGGAACGGUGGGCACCUGUCCUGCCGAGGUGAAGGUGCAUUUGGAACACGUGGUCGGGGCUAUGCUUAGCUCAAAAAACACGCUGCUCCCAUUCCAGACCUCCGGUGCCCAUGGAGCACGUCUUGGUUUGCUCUGCGGCGUCGGCCGCCUUACCAGAUCUGGUCCCCAGAAGCUGUGUGAGCGCUGGGGACUGGUGAGGUGGCUUGAAACUGAGCGCUUGGCUGUCCCCAGGCACCCGCUGCUGCUCUCCGGGCCACAGGUCUGCCAGCCCAGCGAGUAAAGCCAGGGGCCUGCCACCAAUGUAUAUAUGGGUGUAUAUACACCAGCGGAGGAACGGGCCCCGCAUACUGUUUUCCAUUCAGCCAAAUGAACUGCUGGUCAGGUAUCUUGCAUGAACAUUGUUUUUUUGGGGUUUUUUUUGGUUUUUUUUUUCAUUGAUUUCUUUUUACUUCUUUAGUAAUUCCAAUAUCUGUAAAAAUCUAAAUAUUUUUUUACUUCCUAAGUUAAUUUUAAACUUCAUUUUCGGUGAUAAUAUCGAAAAGGGUGCUGUCUUGUAAAGGGUGUCCGCGUGACUGAGAGGUUUCCAAGCAGCCCCUGUCCUGGAAGGCUGUACAUAGGCUAUUGCGCCGCGUUAGCGGUAUGUGUAUAUUUUGGGGCUUUUAGCUAGCUGAAACCGAGCAUCUGUUAUUUGCCGGAUGAAAUUGCUGUAUGUUAAUUUACUUGAAUUUAUCGGAAAGCAGAACACUUUUUAUAUUUGGAGAAGUUUAUUUUUUCAUCUAUGUUUCCUACAGAUGCCUUUUUUUCUUUUUAUAGGCUCAAACCUAAAGGUCUUUUAAAAUGUAUUUGAACACUUUGAAUUGAUUUGCAGCUAACUUUGGUAAUUAUCUUGUUGCGUUAUUUUAUAUUUUGCUAAAGGCCCACUUUAAUUUUCUCACGUGAGAAAACGGGUAUUUUGUUAUAUGGGCUAUCUCGAUACCUUUUUUAAGAUGCCGUGUUCUUCGCUGGGGUGGAGCAGAGUUAAUCCCAGCGUAACUUCAGUUCACACUGGGUUGCUCCCGCUCGACAUUUUUAGAAUUGAAAGCAGAAGGUUGCUGGAAAAGGUGCUUCUGCAUGGUUUUCUGGUUUGGCCCCUGAAAUUUCUUUGCCGUUUCAGACUGAUGUUGUUUUGGGUUUUGGGAAGGGGGCCAGGGAGGGCUGAGGGGGUGCUAAUCUAUUUUGCAACUUGCUUUAUCAAUUUCGUAUCUGUUUUGAGCAGUCUGUGCUGCAGUAAGUGUUGCAAGGAACUAAACAGGGAGGAUUAUUUUUUCCAGUAACAUAAGGUCUUUUUCUGAUUUGGGAAUGUUUACGUACAACAGGACCUUGAACUGAAAUACCUUUGACAAAAUGUUUUAAACCUUUCUUAAAAGCACUCUAAACUUUGUUCUAGUUCAGGGCCAGGCUAUUAUAUUUUAUGGCAAAUCGCUUUAUCACCUACCAAGAACGUGUUGGGAUUUUCUUCAGAUAGCUAUGUACAGAACUCCUCAGGAAGUGAUAAACUUGGUAAGAGGGGAACUUUUCUGAGGCUGCAACACCCCUCCUUUUGUCUUUUGUCCACACGGUGGAGUUCAACACGUCCUUUCAGUGCACAGAACGAAGCCCAGGCUGAGCUCACUCAGCAGCCCAAGGAGUGACCCAGCGCCGCGGAGACUCACGGCACCGGAGUCAGUGUUUCUGAUUUUGUUCUUGAGCCUGACUUUUUUUUUUUUUUUUUUUUUUUUUAUAAAAUCCAUUUGGUUUUGCAUGGUGGUAUUUGCAGAAAUACUGCCUUUCCUGGGUAAUUAUGUUCAGAUAAUAUUCUCUGGAUUUUAUUUGUGUUUUGUAUAUAUACACUUUAUAGAAGAACACGCAGUGGUGGGACAUCCCGCUUUCAGGCAUCGUUUAUGUCCAGUGUAAUGAUGUUUAUCUGCGGGGGAGCAGGGAUUCUGCUACAGUUAAUACGAAUUACAACAGCAUCCUUCGUACGAUUGAGUAACAGUGCAGCCUACUUAGUAAUGUUUUAAGAACCAAUAUUUUUGUCUUAAACUGGAUUUGGUUUCAAUGCUGAAAGAGCUCUGUGAUAUGGCAAAAGGGUUGAUUGUAUCAUCCAUCCUCCCUUUAUGUUUUAUGAUUGUGGUUUAUGACAGAUGUUAGAUAUGCACAGCUUUGUUAAGCGUAUUUUUUAAAUUAAUGGAUAAUCACACAAGGUAUUUUGGCGCUUCUUUUUUUUUUUCACGAGGGUGAAAUACUAUUUUUCAUGUCAGUGUACACUCAAUUUUUUUUCUUCUUUUUCUGUAAUGUUUACAUAAAAGUCUUGUAAAAACCCCAGGGGGUAAACUAGGAUUUUAUAAACUUGUUUCUCCAAAUAUACUACAAAAAGCCACCCCCUAACCCUGCAUUUUACCAAUGGAGUAGAAAUGCUGCUUUAACGUGACACGUUAGAACAUGAGAAGUAUCUCAGGAAUCAAAACACUGUUGGUUUGGGGGGGGGGGCGGGGGGGUUAACGUGGUUUUUUUUGAUUCUGGAUGUAGUGAGUCAUAUCAAUUUUCCUUGAAAUCUGUUACAUCCACUACAACUAGCGUGUACUGGGUGGACGUUGAAAUCCAUCUGCACACAUGUCGGUGGGUGUAGGCCAUGGAGAACAAGUUCAGUGGUGACCUUGCCUUGCUUGGUGUUUAAGGGGAAAACUCAAGCUUCACGACACCUUAAGGAAGUGUGGUUUUCAAAUAUUAAUUGCCAACAAACGUUACAGACUCUAGACCAAAAUAAGUUUGUAGCUAAAAAGAAUGUAGUCUACAUGUCUGUUAGCAGUUUUAUCUCUGAGUCUGCUCUCCUACAAACACAAAUGCAUUUAAUUAUUUACUGAAGUUUCCAUGUAAAUAUGUUCUGUCUCCAGUCAGUAUAUUUGAAGAACUUUCAAUCGCAUACCUUAUUUUAUUAUUUUCUUUCAUUUCUGAAUGAUAUGCAGCUGUCACUGAAUGAAUCACAGUACAUGCCGACUGGUUUCUUCUUUCCUUCAUUAUAUUUUAACUUUGCAACAUUUAAGGUUCGGUUCAAUGGAAGUGUAUUAAGUGGAUAGAAAAUUGCUUUUUACAUUAUUAUGUGGCCAUUUACAUGCGAAAUAGGAUUCCGGAUGGAAUGGGUAUGUUUCACAUGCUUUCUGUUUGUGGCUCUGUCAGAAAUGACAACCUUUCCUUCCGGGUCAAAUCACGGGAGGGAGGAUGCAACUGUGAACGAGAGAAGGGAGAGAGGCACAAAGCCACCGCAGCGAGCCCCGGGGAGCGUUUGGCACCGGGGCCGCAAGCCUGGGCCGGCGGAAUUCAGGGAGGGGGUUGCUUUUGACCACACCGAGGUCAGGCUCGUGCUUCCUAUGGGUUGGUGAAACUUAGGGCUCCACAGUCUGGAGGAAAAAAAAAAGGGAAAAACCUUGCCCUUAUACGUAUAUAAAAUUUAUGGAAGUUAAUCUAACCUCUGAGUCAGAUGCAGGUAACUUUCCUGUAUGAAUAUGAGACAAUCACUUUUAUUCAAGAAACUGAUUUACUGAACCAUUUAACUUUAGGUAACCUUAGGUUUUUUCAUUAUUCUCUUGCUGCCUGACUCUCCCAGGGGAAAAAAAGAGAACUCCUACAUGAGUGGCUAGGUAAUAGUUUGACCACUAACUUCAUUCUCUUUCUUCAAAUUUAAUAAUGGCUUCAGCAAGCCACUAACACAGUCUAAAGCCGCCACAGUUUACUAGUCCUUUUGAAUGCAUACACAGCAAGCAAAACAGAACAGUAAGGCAAAAGACCGAAGGGAGGGGAAUAAAACUGAAGCUGUAAGAAAUCAGGUGGGCAUAACUUGCCCCAAAGAAUAAAGACAUUUCUUCUUUACCUGUGAUCCCCGAGGAGAUGCAGUGACUGCAUUUUAAGUGUAAAGGAACCAGGAACUACGUGGCCAAAUAAUAAUACAGUGAUGAGCAGGUCAAGCAAACGCAUUUAACCCAAUCACCUCAGCAAUUUAAAAACAUUUGCAAAAAUGCAGCAUGUGUUUGUACACGAAACACAACUGCUAGGCUCUGCUAGGAGGAACCAAUGCUGUUGUCUCUGAAACUAAGGGACUUGAUUUUGUUCCCUCUGUCCUUCAAGUAACCUUUCAAGGUACCAUCUGUUGACGCUUUCCCAUUUUGAAGGAAGAGGAAAUUUGGUUGUAGAUCUGUGUUUGGCUCUGGGUAAACUCAGAUCAUGAGCAGGGUCUUCAGGGAAGCAACAUCUAGUGUAAUCCUCCCCAGCCUUGCUUUCUUGCCUCAUUUAGGAGCUCCAAAUCGUGCUCUAGAGCUCCUUUGGCCAGAGAAAGACUCUGAAAUACUCUUAAGAGUUUUCUGGUAGCACUUCAUACUGGGUUGCUUGAACCCGGUGAUGGCUGUGAGAGAAAACUUUAUAUAUAAGCUCUCUCUAUAUAUAUAAACUAUAGAUGCAUAACAUAUCUAUAGAUAUUUUAGUGCAGUAUUCGGCAGCAAUGUUACUAAUACUUGUUAGUAGCCUAGUAGGAAGGCAUUGCAGUCACCAUUAUAAAAUACCGGAUUGGAUUGUGAAGAACUGGUUACCAUUUUGAGGACGGUUGUUAAACAUCGUUCUCUUGGUUCCUGCCUGCGCUUAAGUAACGGAGGCACUAAAAUAUGUAUUUAUCACAGUGCAAUUAAACCUCCAGAAUUAAGAGUGGCGACAGAGAUCCUGAUGGGUAAAGGGGAUUUUUCACUAGUCUUUUGUUCAGAAAAAUCUCAUAGCCUUUUAUGAUGUUGAACCAGAAAGAGAUGAGAACAAGUUUUACGUGGGGCUUCCCCGAGAUGCCGGGAGCAUCUGGUUAGCACGGGCAGCACGCUGCCAGUGGCUUCUGAAACCUCUCAAGCUCUUUGCUUUGUGCCUUCUAAAUAUAUUUAUUUAAACUAGCACUAUUUUCUUCUGUAUCACCGGAGUUGAUACGCCUUUCUUUUACAUUCACAAUCCUGUCUUUAUUUUCCAAAUCUUUAUUUACUUGAAUGUGCUGUUACUGAAAAUUCAGUUCCUGGUAUUUUUUGGUACCUGGUCUACCGUUCUUCAGAUAACGUUUUUCCCUCUCUUGCACAACAUUUGGACUUGGUAAAUACUUAGAUUAACCAACGUGUCCCAUAAUGACUUAUAAUGGGCCUGAGGAUUUAUUCUUCAGUUCUGUAUUUUAAGCUAAAACUCAUGAGUCAGCUCGAAGGCAGAAAAUCUUUCACAAUCUUAAGCUAUCCACUGAUACAGAGUCUGCAUUGAACUGACCUUCAGUGUUGAAUUUGUUUGUUUGUAACAAUUCUUAUUUUGUUUUUACAUACGAAUGUUUUCUCUCCUACAUGAGUUUCUUUCCAUUGUGGAAUUUUAUGCAUUUUUCAGGCUAUAUUUUUUAAAGCAGUUCACAUUUGUAUUUAAAUGUUGGGGGGUUUUGCUUCUUUUGAUUCACUAUGUUUAUGCAUUACCUAUGGAAAAUAAUAUUUUCAUUCUGUUACCAGUUGGGUUGGUUUUUUUCUUCUUUUUAACAGUUUUACACACUUUAUAGUCAAAAUAAAAGUUUGCUGGUGAAACUACAGUUUGUCACUACCACUAACGUUUUAUUUGUUGCCCUACGUAACGAGUACUUUUGAAGAUUAUGCCAUAAAACAGUAAAAACCGACCUGAUUCUAAAACUGUAGAGAUCACCCGUAUGUGUUAACAAGCUAAUCACCGUGUAUGCAAUUGUCUGGAUUUGUUUCUUAAGAAUGAAAUUCUUUGCAGUCAUCUAUUCUGAUGACUUCUUGUAGCAUUAAUGCCGGAGAUGUUGGUCGUGAGAGAGUUUGGCCAAACCAGAGGUGCAAGAGAACUGUUCUGUCUCAAGCUUUGCCCAGAGCCUCUGGGAAGAAUGACACAUUUAUAUCUAUUUUCUUUUCCCAUCUUUUCCCUGAAAUCUCACCCAGUGCUUUUUCUGUGGAACUAAACGGAGAGCGGUAGACACUUGUAGGCAAGACUCGCUUGUAAAGAUUGGACCUCUGUUAUAUUUUAUCAUUUAAAAUACUGGGCUGUGCAAGGGACAUAAAGAGAUUACCAAAAUUAAUACCAUUUAACUCGUUCUCAAAAGUCUCUAAUAAACGUGCAAAUAUACUUUGUUUUAGUAGGCAGCCUUAUCAGACAUUUUUCUCCCAAGUGAUCUCUAUUUACAUAUUUUCUCUCAACACAUGAGGUGCCCAAGAAGCUGCUUUUAAAUGCAACUAGAGCAUCAGGUUUGGUGGGGAAGGCUUAUCUAUUGGUUUUUUCAAGAAUUCCUUUUAGAGUACACAUUAUUCCACUACCUUUCCCUUUAGUCUUGUCUUGUACAUCGCAUGCAAAACGCAUAGCUCAAAUGAUCGUGUUAUUUCUUUAUAUUCUCACUGGCAUACAAGUCAACAACUUUGAACAUAAACAGACACUUAAGGGCUAGGAAAAAAAAAUAAAAAAAUCAAUGCUUAAAUCAAGUGUGCCAAAGUUUGUAUUUAAAAAUUUGGAUGACUAAUAGCGAAAUGAAAGGAAACAUUAUAGGAUGGUUUCAUUGUUGUCUUUGAGACACUUCAGAGAAGAUAAAGUCAAACGUGCAAAUAGUUUAAUUUAUACAGAGAGAAAGAAAAUAUCCACAUUGCACAUUUUUUGCUAAAAAUUGUGUUUAUCUAAAAAAGACAACUUGGGAUGUCUAACGGCUGUCUUCUGGCUGUUCUGGUUUUUGGUAUUGAAUGUAACCAUACAUACAAAAACAUAGGGGGGUUAAAACAUUAUUUAUUUGGGUUUUGUACAACCACAGAUGUUACUUCAAAAUCUGUAAUCUCUACUAUAAAACUUUUAUGUUUCUGGGACUUAGAAUUCCCUUGACAGUGGCUACUAGCCUUUUAUUUUAAUUUCACAUAGAAGGAGGCAAGCUGGAAUAGGCUUCAUACAAAAUUAUGAAUGCAACACAAAUUGGAGUGGAAAAUUAAGAGGUUAUUCCACGUGGCUUAUUCAUGAGAACACAGUGAUCAUACUUUUACAGAGAUUUACAGCAUAAAAGUUGUCAGGGGUGGCAGGUUUUCAUAAGAACAGCCUCCCCCCUGUGUUUCUACAAUCGAAAUGAAGAGCUGAGGGAGGCUUAGCGUAUCCUGUACAGCACAUACGUAGUACAAUGCAAUGACUGCGCGUGAAGCGAUGGCAUCUGCUCGGGCGUGCUCUGAAGUUUAUUUUACAAGUACAAA